AUGAAGCGGGAGAGCGUCGAGGGCCAGCAGGAGGUCGCCAGAGAACCCGGGUCUGCACAGAGUUCCGCCCCUCGGCAGAGCUCCUCUCUCAGCGCAGUUCCCCCGUCAUCCUGCAGAGGGCAGCAAGGCCCCAGCGACCGUCUAGACGGGGCCACGCCCCGGCCCUCUGGUGGGGACCAACCCUCGCUCGCUUUACCGCAGCCCCACCCCAGGAGCCCCGCCUGGCGGCGUAGUUUCCAUCCGGCCUCGCUGCGACAGCACCGGCCGCACCGAGACAAGACUCCGGGCCCCUCGAGGGUAACAAAGCGGACCACCAGUCCCUUUGCAGCACCGAGGACCCCACCACCAAGCAGCUUCACAAACCCCGCCUCGCCGCCGGAAGGCGGGCUGCGCACGCGCGGCGCACGCGCCCCGCCCACCCCCGGAGGUCGCCGCGGCUCUCAGGCCGAGCGCCGGUCCCCGCCGGCUCGCCCGCGCAGGGUCCCCGGGGUCCCUCACCGCCCGGCGCCGGCCGAGUCCCGGCCCCGGUUCGAAACCCGCUCCACCUACCGUGAGGGGCCGCGAGAGCUCCAGCCCUCCCCGCGGCGGGCUGGCCCGCGCAAACCGAAAGGCCUAGGGUAG